CUUAUACCCAAAUACUACGUAUUUACCUAGUGAUGAAAUAAUUACAAAGAGCUUGCUUUGUCAUAUCCACCUCCUUAUAGGAUAUUGUUGCCAUUGUUACCCAGAUCAACAGUUCAGUUAUAUGGAGGUCGCAGGGUUAGCGGUUGGCGUUCUGGGGAUUGCUGGACUCUUCACAUCUUGCAUCGAGAACUUCAACAUCGUAGUUCGUGCGAGAGAAUUCAGCGAAGAGUUCGAGCAACUUUGUACUCUGCUCGCAUUACAUCAGAUUCGACUGGUAAUAUGGGGAGAAACACUUGGGCUUGCCCCACCCCCUGGCGCAAGAACCCCGAGGCCAUAUAACCGCGCUCUGGACAGACCCGAUAUUCGACCGUAUAUCGAGACGACUCUUUACCAACUCAAAAACUUAUUAUCCAAGGCAGAUACUAUUACAGGUAGAUAUGCCUCUGAAGAACAAGAGAGAGCUGCCGAGUGUUCGGAGAUAUGGGCCGGCUCUAAUUCGAAGGGUAUGUCAAUCUUUCGCGACUCGUAUGAACGGUUCAAAGCGAGGAUAAAAAAGAACCAAAAGGAUGCGUCCGUAUGGCAAGUCACUCGUUGGUCAAUACAUGACUACGAGAAAUUUGAGCGCUUAGUAACCAAUAUUCGUGAGUUGGUUGACGCACUGGAAAGUAUUACUAGCGCACUUGGUAUAUCGGCUCAACAACAGUCGAUCUUAAUAGACGAGAUCGAAUCUCUCUCCGACGCCAGCAGUUUAAGGCUUCUACAAUUAGUCGGAUCGUCGGCCUCGGCGCCUCCAGCUAUCCGGGCAAUUUCGGAUACAGCUAGUACCAGGUUAACAUACGUAACAUCGAGUUCACGAUCUUAUCAUACCGCAAGGACAGAACAGUCACAAGUUGGCAGAUACGAUCAUCUAAAAACUAUGUUGUCGAAAGCACAAGCUGCAGAAGCAUCACAGCCGCAUGGUCGAGCCACAAUUCGAAGUGGUGAAGGAAUCAACACUGGGACUAGUCCCCCCCCUGAAACGACGGCAACUCAAAAUAUCACCCUAGAUGUGCCUCAAAAUCAGAGGUGGAUGGCAGCACUCAUGAAUGGUAAAACGACAGAUCCCACGAUGAAAUUGGCAUUUUCUACAAAGGAUCUUGAAUACGGCCAAGCUCUUGAAAACAACAGAGACCAUGAUAAUCAAGUCUAUCGCGAUAACUGCGCAAAGCUAAUUGCUCGAGCCCACGAAGGCAUCCCACUCGCCCGUCGCAUGUUUCUCGAGUUACGCAAUAUUCGCCGGGCUAAUAUCCCCUUUAUUAGUGCUGCACCAAUGGGAGAUACGUUGGACAGAAUAGUCGCUAGCAUUGAAGGGCCACCAGGAACACCGUUUGAAGGGGGUACAUUUUGGGUGACAGUCAAGAUUACCGAGUCGAAACCCCCAAUGUUGAAAUUUCACACAAAAAUAUACCAUCCGAACAUCGAUCCGCAGGGGAAGGUCUGCGCCGAUUACGCUACUUGGUGGCGGGACGCCAGUCUUCUGAAUGACGCCAGCGGCGCAACGAACCAGCGAGCCCUUCCUUGGUUCUCCGAACACAUCACCAACCACUAUUCUCUGGGGUCUCUCCUCGUUGCCCUGUGCGGCCUACUAGCAAGUCCCAAUAUCGACGAUCCACUUGUACCCGAAAUCGCAGAGAAAUAUCUCACAGACUAUGAAGCCUAUUGCGAAGCCGCAAAACUGUAUACCGAACGCUUCGCACACGCCGAAAGACCGGAUGAUGCAGAAUUGCAUUUUCCAGAGGAAGACAAUAAGGUCAAUUCGACUCUCGAUGUCACAGAAUAUCGGCCGAAACCAAGCACAGUGAGCUUGGGGCCACGACAAAUCAUAAUAGAUUCAUCACUGGUUUGGGAGCGGAUUUCUUCAUAUCAGCUUGAUCUGUCAAAACUCGAGGCCCUUCUCUCAGAAUGGUUUCCGGAUAUCGAUAUCGUGUGCAAUACGACUGCCCAUGAACGUUGGUACUGUUUCGCGUUGCCAAAAUCACUCACCAGUAGUCAACGCCAAGAAAUCCAUAAAUUGAGGUCUGUAAAGGACGAGAGAGCUGAUACAUCGGACUCGGAUGACGAUAAGGAGGAGAAAGAUAGUCCUGCAGACUCGGCGUCUGAGACCGACGAUCGUAGUGCAAAGAUAAUAACGUGGACCUAUGAUUCGGAUUCGUCGGAAUCAGAAUCUGUAGGGGGAAUACUAAAUCGCGUCACGAGACGGAAGGCAUUAAAGAAUUUGAAAAAAUACCUGAUCAAGAGGAAAAACAAUACUAUAGCUAAUAACUUCUAGGGGAGAUAUGCCACUCUAUCUUCAGCAAGGUCUCAUCAGUAGACGCCACAUCCACCACCUACGGAAUCGACUAAGUGGUUCGUUCAUAGGACUUAUUACCUAUCAAUAAUCUUCUUAGCUCUAGCGCAACACCUGUAUCCGACAUAUUCAACCAUUCCGUAGUAUCGAAAGGAUACCUCUGUCUAGGCCUAUCCGC